UAGUGCUUCAAGCAGAAUUGUAGUCAUCCCUUCCUACUGCCGAACAGUAAACAUUGGGACCACAGGCGUGUACGGCUGCAUAUUUCUACUCCUUUGUUUUACGUUUAAAUGAACAAAUACCAGCACUGCAAUGGCAAUUGACUGGCUUGGAUUUGGCUAUGCUGCAGCCAUAGCCCUGGGGGGGUUCAUGGGAUACAAGAAAAAAGGUAGUGUCAUGUCACUGAUAGCUGGGCUAUUGUUUGGCAGCAUAGCCGCCUAUGGGGCCUUAAUGAUUUCAAAUGACCCAACCAAGACUUUCUACUCCCUCGUUGCUUCAGGAGCGCUGACACUAGUGAUGGGAAUGAGAUUCAAGAAAUCUGGGAAAAUAAUGCCAGCUGGCAUCAUGGCAGGACUAAGUUUGCUGAUGGUCCUGCGACUUCUCUUCAUGAGCGUGAUUGUAAUGUGAUUUGAACAACACAACUGACUAAAGUGAGACUGAAAAUGUCACUGCA